GGCCGACCGGAUGUUGUUUCUUCUUCCGUGUCGGACGGUUUAAGCUGUGGCACACUGCUGCUAUCGCUGGUCGAAAUGGCGUCCGGAUACUUACUAAAUCGUGGUGUGCUAACAUUAGGAAUUCAUUGUCAGCGUGUUUGCAGAAACGUAUCAUUGACACAAGUUAGAGAGAAAAAGCGAUGGAUGAAAUCAUACACACACCUCAUGGCAAGGAAGUUAAAGUUUGAAGGACCUCCACCACCGAAGCCACGCUCUCUAAAGCCUCACUGGGAUUACCAUGCUGAGGUUCAGGCCUUUAGCAACCGACUCCACGAGAACUUUUCCCUGGAGACACUGAAAAGAGCCUUCAUCAAUCCCUGUUACCUGCACGCAGAGCUAGAGAGGAGACGGGGUCUAGGCGUGGACUCUGAGACCACUGCUCUUGUUCUGAAAGAUAAUCUUCAGCUGAGUGAAAAGGGAGCGGGUUUCACGAAAAGCUUCCUGACCGACUGGUGCAGGGCCAGCUUCCCGAGCCUGCCAAGUGAGGGGGUGGAGAGUAUCGUGGGGCACCUCUCUAGUGCAACAGUUGUGACCUAUGUAGCAAGAAAUCUCGGCCUUGAAGACCUAACCAUGAGUGCAGAAUGUCCUGUUCCUGAUGAUGUGCUUCAUUCUACCUUCAUGGCAGUAAUUGGAGCUCUGCAGGAGAGCAGUGGAGCAGAGCAAACUGGAUUGUUCCUCAGGGAUAUCCUGGUCACUCAGCUGAUUGGGAAGGACCUGUUUGAUAUGUGGACAGUUGUCAACCCCAUGGGACUAUUGGUGGAGGAGCUCACUAAGAAAAACGUUUCACUGCCAGAGCCUCGGCUCAUCAGGUCUGCAGGAGCCGGUACCGUCCUGCCACUAUACUUUGUCGGCUUGUACAGCGACAAGAAUCUUCUGGCUCAGGGUCCAGGGGAGACUCUUGUAGCAGCUGAGGAAGAGGCUGCUCGCGUGGCCCUCCGGAAACUCUACGGCUACACUGAGAACCGCAGACCCUUUGACUUCUCUCCACUACAGCAGCAUCAGCAGUCAUUAAUUGAAGCAGUCGGCAGCAAUUAAUGAAGUAAAAACUCUUAUGCUGAAGCAGAAAAUCAUUUAAAAGUGGCAUGAAUCUACUGAAGAGAUCAUUUAAGAUAUAGUACAUCUCGUUUGUGGAUCAGAACCUUGCUGCGGAUUGUAGAGAAAAGGUUAAGGAACAUAAGUUCACCAUCUACCUUAUUAAACAUUACUCCAACAGCACUUGUCAGGUGUUUCUUUUUGGUAUUUAAAUGUCAGUCCCCGGGACAAAGGAGAACAAAAUAAAUGUUAUUGUACACUUAAAAACUGUGACUAUAGCGUAAGAUCCAGGUUUUCACUGUAUCAGACAGAAAUCUAAGUGUUUUUGAAUUAAUUUGAUAACAUAUUCAAGAUUAAAGUCCACUGGUGCAGAAGAUUACCUUUGCUAACAACCUAUUCAGCAGUUCAGCAAAAACAGUCCUGAUAUGUUAGUCCUUGUAAAUAAUACAAUUGUCAUUUGGUUUGCUUGGUAUUCUGUUUAAAAAAUCUUAUUAAAAAGUAAUAAGUAUGUA